GAUUCCGAGAACCCAGUGGCACGGCUCUUGAAAGAGCAGGCGCGAGGGCUCCGGGACUCGCUUCAGGAGCCCUGCUCCGAGGCCAAGAGGCUGGUGCACGAUGUCGUGGAUCCGGUUGCAACGGAGAUGGACUCGGGACCUCUCGCGACUUUUGCCAGGCGUGCGCAGACCGUGGGCAUGCUCAACAUGCCGAAGCCGGAGGACGUCAUUUUCAAAAGAUGA